AUGUUUCGUGAGUUGAAAGCACUAGCUGUACUUGCACUCGAAUUUGUUACAGCAACACAUUUAUCUUGUUAUUUUCAUUUUACUCAAGCUAUUUAUCGAGCAAUACAACGAGCCGGCUUAUCAACAGCAUAUAAUAAUGAUGAUGAUAUUAAAAAAUAUUGUCGAAAAUUAAUGGCGCUUCCUUUAUUAUCAGAAGCGAUUAUCGAAGAUACUUAUGAUGAAUUAAUCACUACAAUCCCAUCAACAUUGAAGGACACAUUAAAGGAUUUAUUACAAUAUUUUCAGGAACAAUGGCUUAACAAAGUACCUGUUCCUCAAUGGUGUGCACAUAGUCUCAACAUCAGAACCAAUAAUAAUGCUGAAGGUGAUCGUUUUCUUGUAUUUAACUCAGAAAUUUAUCUUCUUAUGCUUCAUUUAACAUUUCAUAGUGGCUUCAAUCGUCGAGUACAAAUUAGCCAUCCAAAUAUAUGGUCAUUUGUUAAGCUUCUUCAAGGAGAAGAAAACCAUUUUCAUCAUACUUAUGUUCAAUUCAUGGCAGACUUAGGGACACAAUCAAAACAAGCUAAAACGGUUGCUAUUCAACGUCGUAUGGAUAAACUUGGAGAAAGAUAUUAUGAUGGAGCAAUACAUGCUAUGGAAUAUUUAGAUGGCUUAUCAUUUGCAGUUCCUAAACGGAAAAAAUAA